ACUGUUAGCGGACGAACAGAUUAUCUUUUCAUGGCCUCAUACGACCUUCACUCAAAUAUCAAGGUCGCUUCUUCCGGGGAAAUAUUUCAAAAUGAUCGAGAUGUCUUAUAACAGUUUCCUAGCGAUAUGUUUGACCGUGAUAUACCUCACAAGGAAAGUUGAGAGCCUGGAAUGUUACUCUUGCACGAGCAACGAAGACCCUAAGUGCGGGGUGGAGUUCAAGUACUCGGGCACUGCCGGUGACAAGUACAAGGCCCCAUGCGAGGGAGGCACCGCUGCCUGCCGGAAGUUGGUCACCCAGGAUGCACACAAAGGGGCGGAAAUGGUGGUUCGAUCAUGCUGGAAUGCUUCUACCGUUGAAAACCUGGACAAAGACUUUCUGGACUGUAGCACACUCAUGAGUAGUACCGGAGAAGUGUGUUACUGUCAGUCGGAUUCCUGCAACGGGGCGCAACUCAUGUACGCUUCACUGGUGACGGUCUUAACUGGGUUGUCUUUCUUAGUCCUUUGAGUUGUGUUACAAGCGCUAGUAUUUUCCGUAGUUCAAUUUUUGUGUGGAAUAAGCGACUAUAUUUUUGUUUCUAAUUUAAAUUGUUUCUAAUUUAAAGUGUAUCUUAUUUGUGAUACCUGUAGUAUAUUUUUUUUCCAAAGUAUGUGCAAAUACUACAAUAUGCAAUGAAAUAGACGCGAGAUUUUGGUCAAACAUCAUUCCAAUGCGUGUGUCAUUACGUAAUAUUGUGUGACUAUACCAGAGCGGUUUAUCAUAUUUAUUGUGCGAUGCUUCGAGCAUGGGAACAGUCCUUGUUAGUUUCGGUUAGUGACCGUUAGCAACGUGUAGAUAUUUACUUUAUUUGUAGAGCUUCGAGUAAGCGAUGUACUAGUAUGUGACUUUUGGAUGCGUCGACCUUUUUCUUGGCAUUAAUUGAAAGGUUAAACCUGUUAACAUACCGAAACAAGAUGUUUACAAACAAGAUUUACGGUCAUAAAACAAACUGCAAAAUAAGUCAUUUAAAAUCCGAUUCAUUUGAGAGAAAAACUGCAAAGUCGUGAUUGCUUUUUCCAUAACUUGUUUAUCAUUCAGCAAGUUAUAACCUUUCAAAUAAUUCAUCCACAUUAAGUGUACAGCGUAUGCCUUAAAUUGUACCGCUUAUGUGUACCUUGAUAAGAUAUGGGAGGGGGGAGUAUUACAGGAAAACCAAAGACAUUUUUUAUAUUCGUGAAGUUUGUAAUCUACCAGUUACCUCAAUCAGGAGUUGUAACACCCACGGCUUAGAUUUAGACUCCUUAAAGAAAUGGCUGUAACUUUUGCAUUAUAAAUCUACCAUGUGAAUGUUCUUUGCCUACAGCUACCAUUUAUCUACCCCAAAGAUUGUCUGCAUGUCGACAAAAUACAACUAGCAGGUAGCACCCUGUUAAUUUUUAGAUGUUUCAACUGGUUCGAUAUGCAAACAAUGUCAGUUUAUCUUUCAACGCUUUCAAUGUUAUUAUAUGUGUACAGUAUGUGUGUGGUAUGGUUGCACAUGUAUUUUAAAUACAUAUUAAUAGUGUUUACUUGUAAAAAACAUCAUCAAUGGAAAGUAUAUCAGUUUUGUACGAUAAGGUUUUGUAAGGAUAGUUAUACAAUGUAUUCUAGUGAAUAAAACUACAAAUGAAGUUCAUGAUA